AUGGAUAGAAGUAUAGAGGCUGGAGAGCAGGGGGGAAGUGAUGGUGGAAAAGUGGGGACUCGCCAACCAGCCAACCCUACGCUACCCUCAACUUCUACACCAUCUCCUACAAUCGUGGAUCCGGUGAAGGCUUUCUCUAUUGAGAAAUUCAUGGGGGAGGACUACGAGCACUGGAGUUUCCGCAUGAGGCUGAUGUAUACCCAAUACAAGCUAUUGGAUCUGGUGGAGGGGAAGGAGAAGAUGCCGGAGGCCGCGGAGCUGAAAGGAGCGUGGAUAAAGCGAUCGUUCGACGCGUACAUGCUCAUGGUGCAAGCGGUUGGAGGACGCCAACUUGACCACAUCAAGGACCUCUUGGUCGUGGUCUGUCCUUGCGAUCAUCUCAACUCUCAACAGCCCCAGUGGAGCGUGGAUUACAUUCGCGCGCGCAUCCUAGUGGAUAUCUUGCGGCGGCGGAGUGUGGAGCGCUCGGAGGAGGGGGCUGGCUAUGGAGUUGGAGGUGGAAAGAGUGGCUUCAAGAAGAAGUGGAAGGGCAAGAACAAGGACAACCCUAAGGAGGAUGGCGGCGGGGGUCAAGGGGAGGUGUGCUUCUACAGGAAGAAGCGCGGGCAUCGUUGGUGGAAGUGCUACCAACGACCCAAGGAUUGGACCCCGCCUUCAUCAAGCAACCAGCCUGGUGGCACGAGGAGUGGGAGAGUCAUGGGAGCUAGUGGAGAGGAGGAGGAGGAGAAAGGCGGCAAAUCUGAGGAGCGGAAGGCCGGGUUCUUCUUCUUCGUGAACGAAGGCGCAACUGACCUCGCUAUGGCUGCCAAGGGGACUGGGGGAGUGCUGUAG